GCUCUAGGCGAGUGGAUCGAACGCUAGAGGACAGUUUUGUUUCUUAAUUUUCUGUACUGGUCAAAAGAAAAAGAAUCAGACCUCGGCCUUAAUUCGCGGAAUGAAGUGUUUGUUGAUUUUGACCGCCGCCGCGUUGAUUGCGGUGGCGUCAGCGCGUCCGGGAAAGCACCACCGCGGCAACGGAAUUCUGGUGGAGCAGUUCUCCGAGUGGGAUCACGCCCAGCAAGGAGCCAAAUGCGGAUAUGAGUCCUGUCCAACGGCACGCAAAGGAAUGCUCAACCUUCACCUUGUCCCGCACACCCACGACGAUGUCGGAUGGCUAAAGACGGUCGAUCAAUACUACUAUGGCAGCAGAACUAGCAUCCAGCGGGCCGGUGUCCAAUAUAUUCUGGACUCCGUGAUCGAUGCCCUGCUGCACAACCCGGAACGCAAGUUCAUCUACGUCGAGUCGGCUUUCUUCUUUAAAUGGUGGGAUGAGCAAUCACCCCAAACGCAGGCAGACGUAAAGCAGUUGGUCCAGGAGGGACGGUUGGAAUUCGUUAAUGGAGCGUGGAGUAUGAAUGAUGAGGCUGCGGCACACUAUCAGAGUUUAAUCGAUCAGUUCACAUGGGGACUGGGACUGCUAAACGAUACCUUCGGAGAGUGCGGCCGACCGCGGGCGGGCUGGCAGAUUGAUCCGUUCGGGCAUUCGCGGGAGCAUGCCUCAAUGCUGGCGCAGAUGGGUUACGAUGGCAUGUUCUUCGCUCGACUUGAUCAUGCUGAUCGGGCCAAGCGGGAAGCCAGCAAGAAGACGGAGCUGAUUUGGAAAUCUAGUGCUAACCUAGAGGAUAGUGAUAUGUUCACAACUAUUUUGUACACUCUGUACCAGGCUCCGCCUGGUUUCUGCUACGAUGUGCUCUGUUCGGAUGAACCUAUUUUGGACGGAGCUGAGAGUGCGGAGAAUAAUGUGGAGGAAAGGAUCGACGUUUUUCUUGAGUGGGUUUACGGAAUGGCCGAGAAGUAUCACUCGAACAAUCUGAUCCUAACCAUGGGCGGUGAUUUUACUUACCAGGAUGCCGGCAUGUACUUCAAGAACAUGGACAAACUUAUCAAAUACACCAACGCCCGCCAAGAGCAAGGGGUGAUGGUGAAUGCCUUCUACUCAACGCCAACCUGCUACCUAAAGGCACUGCACGAUACCGACCUCACCUGGCCCACCAAAACGGACGAUUUCUUCCCGUACGGUUCGGAUCCGUACACCUACUGGACGGGGUAUUUCACCUCGCGCCCAACUUCCAAGCGAUUCGAACGUCUCGGAAAUCACCUCCUACAAGUCUGCAAACAGUUGACCGCUCUGUCGACGGCCACUCGAUCAAGCUACUUCCAGAAUCGUCUCACCGUUUUACGCGAAGCGAUUGGAGUUAUGCAGCAUCACGAUGCGAUCACCGGAACCGAAAAGCAACAUGUUGCCGAUGAUUACGCCAGAAUGCUGCACGUGGCGUUCGAAGCUUGCACCGAAAACACAAACAUUGCGUUGAACGAGUUAACUCGUAAAGUUGACGUUCCCCCUCCGCAGGUUACCUUUGAGUCGUGUCACCUUUUGAACAUAAGUCACUGUGUGACUUCAGAAACUAAGGAGUCGUUUGUGGUAACCUUAUACAACCCGUUGGGACAUUCUACGUAUCACUAUGUAAGACUUCCGGUGAACGGUAACAGCUACUCGGUCAAGAACGCGGCGGGUGUCGACAUUUCCAUUCAAAUGAUUCCCAUACCGGCAACUGUAUUCAGUCUCAACUCGCGGGAUAGUAUUGCGAACCAAGAACUCGUAUUUUUAGCGGACGAAAUUCCUCCGAUGGGCUAUGCGUCCUUCUACGUUACGGAAAAAUACGAUGCGAAAGCACGCGAUGACACCAACGCUCAGCAGAUUAUCAGCAUUGGAAACAAACAUCUUUCGGUGUAUUUCAACAACAAUGGUUUCCUAAAUUUGAUCAACAUCAACGGUGAAAGUCACUGGCUGCACCAGGAUUUCCUGUACUACGAGGGAGCUCUCGGUGAUAAUCGUGAGGCUAAGAACCGUUCAUCCGGAGCGUACAUUCUACGACCAAAUGGAACGGAAAAACAUGUCACCGACUCAGUUCGGCUGGAAGUUUACAUGGGUGAUCACGUCCAGGAAGUUCAUCAGGUGUUUAACGAGUGGAUCAGUCAGGUGAUUCGCGUCUACGAGGACGAGCAGCACGUUGAGUUCGAGUGGAUGGUCGGACCGAUUCCGGUUGAGGAUGAAAUUGGAAAAGAAAUUAUUACUCGUUAUCAGUCGGAUAUUAAAUCCAAUGGGGUCUUCUGGACGGAUGCCAACGGUAGGGAAAUGAUAAAGAGAGUGCGAAAUCAUCGUGAUACUUGGGAUGUGGAACUGCUGGAGCCAGUCCCUGGUAAUUAUUAUCCGGUGACGGCGAAGAUCGCCCUAGAAGAUGAUAACUGGCGGAUGGCAGUUUUGAAUGAUCGAGCUCAAGGAGGAACCAGCAUGGAGGAUGGUGUACUGGAGCUGAUGGUUCAUCGUCGAUUGCUGAUGGACGAUGCGUUUGGCGUUGGUGAGGCACUGAACGAAACUGCUUAUGAUACAGGGCUGAUCGCACGAGGAAAGCAUUAUUUGAUGUUCGGUUCUAAAGCUACCCAAUCGCCAACUAUGAAGACGAAGGAACGCUUCCUUCAGAAUCAGGUGCACACCCCUGCUUGGGUGUUUGUCAGCGAUGCCACUGAAGUUCCGUACAACGCUUGGCAGACGAAUUUCAGAAGUGUCUUCUCAGCUCUAUCAGAAUCGCUACCUAUGAACGUAAACCUUCUAACGUUUGAACCGUGGAAGCAGCCGUACACUUAUCUGGUGCGCUUCGAGCAUCUGCUUGAGAAGAACGAAGAUCCCUUGUACUCUUCACAGGUCACUAUCAACCUGAAGACGCUUUUCUCUGCAUUCGAUAUCUACAGUAUCCGUGAAACCACCUUGGGUGGCAACCAAUGGAAAGAGGACAAAUCCCGGCUAAAGUUCUACGCCGAUCCCGUCCCGCAGUUGGAGGAACCCGCCAGCCAGAGCGCACCCCAGCAUGACGAUUCCAAUGUAGUCACCCUGGGCCCGAUGGAGAUUCGGACGUUCAUCAUGGAAAUGAAGUUCAACUAUUGAUUUUAACAUAGUGUCAUUGUCAUAAAACUUCAUACAAUAAAGCUACUUCAAUGUUCAAACUCCA